AUGUUGGUUGCAGUUUGUAAAAAGCAGCUGAAGUCUAAGCUGCAGAAGAAGUACCAGUGUGUGUCUGAGGGGAUCACUGAAGCAGGAAACCCAACCCUUCUGGAGCAGAUCUACACGGAGCUCUACAUCACAGAGGGAGGGACCGGAGAGGUCAACAAAGAACAUGAAGUCAGACAGAUUGAAGCAGCUUCCAGGAAACCAGACGGAGCAGAAACAGCCAUCAGACAGGAAGACAUCUUUAAACCCCCACCUGGAAGAGGAGGACCAAUCAGAACGGUGAUGACGAAGGGAGUCGCCGGCAUCGGGAAAACAGUCCUAACACAGAAGUUCAGUCUGGACUGGGCUGAAGGCAGAACCAACCAGGACAUCAAGUUCCUGCUUCCAUUCACCUUCAGAGAGCUGAAUAGGCUGGGCGAGGAGAAGUUCAGCUUGGUGGAACUAGUUCAUCACUUCUUCUCUAAAACCAUAGAAAUUUGCAGCUUUGAAGAGUUCCAAAUCGUGUUCAUCUUUGACGGUCUGGAUGAGAGUCGACUUCCUCUGGACUUCCACAACUCUACAAUCAUCAGUGACCCCAGAAAGUCCACCUCAGUGGACGUGCUGCUGACAAACCUCAUCAGGGGGAACCUGCUUCCUUCUGCUCGUCUCUGGAUCACCACACGACCCGCAGCAGCCAAUCAGAUCCCUCCUGAGUGUGUCUCCAUGGUGACGGAGGUCAGAGGGUUCACUGACCCACAGAAGAAGGAAUACUUCAGGAAGAGGUUCAGAGAUAAGAAGCAGAGCAGCAGGAUCAUCUCCCACAUCAAGACAUCACGGAGCCUCCACAUCAUGUGCCACAUCCCAGUGUUCUGCUGGAUCACUGCUACGGUCCUGGAGAACGUCCUGGAAACCAGAGAGGGAGGGGAGCUGCCCAAGACCCUGACUGAGAUUUACAUCCGCUUCCUGGUGAUCCAGGCCAAACUGAAGAAGGUCAAGUAUGACGGAGGAGCUGAGACGGAUCAACACUGGAGUCCAGAGAGCAGGAAGAUGGUGGAGUCUCUGGGAAAACUGGCUUUUGAGCAGCUGCAGAAAGGAAACCUGAUCUUCUAUGAAUCAGACCUGAGAGAGUGUGGCAUCGAUGUCAGAGAGGCUUCAGUGUACUCAGGAGUGUUCACCCAGAUCUUUAGAGAGGAGAGCAGCCUGUACCAGGACCAGGUCUUCUGCUUCAUCCAUCUGAGUGUCCAGGAGUUUCUGGCUGCUCUUCAUGUCCAUCAGACCUUCAUCAAGUCUGGAGUCAACCUGCUGCAGGAACAGAGAAACACCUCCAGGUGGUUUAAAACAAGAGCAGAGACUGACCUCUGUCAGACAGCUGUGGACAAGGCCUUACAGAGUCCAAACGGACAUCUGGACUUGUUCCUGCGCUUCCUCCUGGGUCUUUCUCUGGAGACCAAUCAGAACCUCCUACGAGGUCUGCUGGAACCAAAACAAAGAAGUUCACAGAACAAUCAGGAAACAGUUGAAUACAUCAAGAAGAAGAUCAGUGAGGAUCUGUCUGCAGAGAGAAGCAUCAACCUGUUCCACUGUCUGAAUGAACUGAACGAUCGGUCUCUGGUGGAGGAGGUCCAAGAAUCCCUGAGAUCAGGACUUCUCUCCACAGAUGAACUGUCUCCUGCUCAUUGGUCGGCUCUGGUCUUCAUCUUACUGUCAUCAGAAGAAGAUCUGGAGGAGUUUGACCUGAAGAGGUUCUCAGCUUCAGAGGAGGCUCUACAGAGGCUGCUUCCGGUGGUCCAAGCCUCCAAGAAAGUUCUGUUGAGUGGCUGUAACCUCUCAGGGAACAUCUGUCCACUUCUGUCCUCAGUUCUCAGCUCUCAGUCCUCCAGUCUGACAGAACUGGACCUGAGCAACAACGACCUGCAGGAUUCUGGACUGGAGCAGCUGUGUCCUGGACUGGAGAGUCCACACUGUCACCUGGAGGUUCUCAAGUUAGUAUGA